GAUGCAGCUCCUCCCAGCAGCCUUUGCAGCAGCUCAGUAGGUGCUAGCUGCUAUCUGCUAACUGCUUCAGUGUGUAAUCUGUCAGUCUGAAGCUUAAAGCUCUCUCACACUGCUGCUGCUGGGCUCUCUACACAUCCGGACUACUCUCCUUUUCAUGGCUGAAGAAGACCCUCUGAUGUGAUUUCAACUUGGCGCUUGUGAUCGAGGACACAGACACACUGCCCAUGCUGCUGCCACAGUAGAUAUGCUGUCACUAUGCUACUGAGAGAAGAAUGACAUUUGUCUCAUUUUAAUUCCUGGAGCUGCCUCGAGCACAGUUGAGGCUUGAUUUAAAAAAAAAAAGAAAAAAAAAGCUGCUGCUCUCAGCCAAGUUGGUCUUUUUCUCAGCCUAAUUCUUUGCUCUGCCGCAGCCUAGGGUGCAAACUGUUAUGGCACCGGGGGCCAACUGAGCAAAAGGGGACUCUGGCUGUACUGGAGGAUUAGGCUGUGCUGUGGGAGUGGGGACUGGACCCGGAAAGCAGGCCCACGGCAACACACAUCAUGCUGCGGGGACACUAGGCUCCCUGUUCGAGCCCCCUCUGUGUGGCGUUUGUUUUUUUCCUUUUCCUGCAGUCUCAUCGGUUUGGAUGGUUGAGCACAAAGGCUACUUUGAAGGAGCCCACCGGUGGCUGUGGUUUGGCCAAAGCUGACAGACUGCUUGCCAGCUAUUGCUGAUUUAGUACCCUUGUCCACUGCUGUAGCCCCCUUCGUUGUGGUCUCCAGUAUGGUGAGUGGAGGCUGGAGGCAUCGCAGGAGUGGAACUGAACCAUUAAUACUGGUGUAGCUGGUUACUUUCCAUUUCUUUUCUGCACUGUGAAGGAUUGCAUUCCAGUUUUCAAGGACUUUUUUUUUGUCUGUGCUGGAAAAAAACUGAGUGAAGGUCAUUUAAUAAAAAAAAUUUAAACCCCGGAAAGAAGACUGCUCCAGAGGAGGAUGAAGUUGAGGAAACAGGUGACGGUGUGUGGAGGGGCCAUAUUCUGUGUGGCAGUAUUCUCACUGUAUCUGAUGUUGGAUCGAGUCCAGCAUGACCCUGCAAGGCGACAGAAUGGCGGGAACUUUCCACGGAGCCAAAUCUCAGUUUUGCAAAACCGGAUAGAGCAGCUGGAACAGCUCCUGGAGGAAAACCACCAAAUCAUCAGCCACAUAAAGGACUCUGUGAUGGAGCUCACAGACACAGGAGCUGUGUCUCCCAGCGGCCACCUGCCGUUCAGAAGCGCCAAUGGUUCCUGGGUCCUACCCUUCGACGGCCAUCCCACUUUCCUAGCUGUCAAGCCCCAGGAUUGCCAAUCUGCAUUAGGCAGCCACGGUCAAGCAGACGUUCAGAUGCUGGAUGUGUACUCCAUCCUCAAGUUUGACAACCCAGAUGGCGGCGUGUGGAAACAGGGCUUUGAAAUUACUUAUGAGCCUGAGGAGUGGGACAAUGAACCACUGCAGGUGUUUGUGGUCCCCCACUCCCACAACGAUCCAGGUUGGAUCAAGACUUUUGACAAGUACUACACAGACCAGACGCAGCAUAUUUUAAACAACAUGGUGGUGAAGUUGGCCGAGGAUCCUCGCAGGAAGUUCAUCUGGUCUGAGAUUUCAUUCUUCUCCAAGUGGUGGGAGAGCGCGGACAUACACAGGCAGGAGGCUAUGCGCAAACUGAUCCUUGGAGGGCAGCUAGAGAUUGUCACGGGAGGCUGGGUUAUGACGGAUGAAGCCAACGUUCACUACUUUGCCAUGAUAGACCAGCUCAUUGAAGGACAUCAGUGGCUGGAGAGAAAUCUAGGUAUCACUCCUCGCAGCGGGUGGGCGGUAGACCCUUUUGGUCACAGCGCUACCAUGUCCUAUCUGCUGAAGAGGGCCAACCUGACCAGCAUGCUCAUCCAGAGGGUCCACUAUUCCAUCAAGAAACACUUUGCCUCCACACGAAGCCUGGAGUUCAUGUGGAGGCAGUCCUGGGACACUGGGUCGAGCACGGAUAUCUUUUGCCACAUGAUGCCGUUCUACAGCUACGAUGUGCCUCACACCUGCGGGCCCGACCCCAAGAUCUGCUGCCAGUUUGAUUUCAAGAGGUUACCAGGUGGUCGGGUAAACUGUCCCUGGAAAGUGCCACCAAAACCUGUGGUGGAUGCCAAUGUAGCAGAGAGGGCACACCUGCUCCUGGAUCAGUACCGCAAAAAGUCCAAACUGUACCGCAGCAAGGUGCUUCUCGUCCCUCUGGGAGACGACUUCCGCUACGACAAGGCGCUGGAGUGGGAUCAGCAGUACAGCAACUACCAGAAGCUGUUUGACUACAUGAAUUCUCAACCAGAGAUGCACGUACAAGCUCAGUUUGGGACUCUCACAGACUACUUCAACGCUGUAUACAAAGCAAACGGAGUGGCCCAGGGGUCCAGACCCGCAGACUUCCCAGUGCUUAGUGGAGAUUUCUUUGCCUAUGCAGACCGAGAAGACCACUACUGGACCGGCUACUUCACCUCUCGGCCCUUUUACAAGAGCCUGGACCGUGUGAUAGAGUCACAUCUCAGGGGGGCAGAGAUCCUCUACAGCCUGGCGGUUGCGAACGCUCGGCACGUGGGCAUGGACGGGCGCUACCCGGUCUCAGACUACGCCCUGCUAGUCGACGCGAGGCAGUCUGUUGGCCUCUUCCAACAUCACGAUGCCAUCACUGGCACUGCGAAAGAGAAUGUAGUCGUCGACUAUGGCAACAGAUUAAUGCGGUCACUCAUCGGCCUGAAGAGAGUAAUCAUUAAUGCUGCUCAUUUCCUGGUGAUGAAAAACAAAGAGUUUUAUCGCUUUUACCAGACAGAGCCCUUCCUGGAGACGGAUGACCGGCGUGCUACUCAAGACUCUCUGCCUCAGCGCACCUUAAUCGAGCUGGACUCAGCAGGACCGAGGUACCUGGUUCUGUUUAACCCCGUCGAGCAGGAGCGUCUGUGCGUGGUGACGGUGUUGGUCAACACGGUCAGGGUGCGGGUGCUUACUGAGGAUGGACAGACCCUCCCUGUGCAGCUGAGUGCUCAGUGGAGCUCUGUUACUCAAAUGAGUGCAGAGGUAUUUGAGGCAACAUUCAUGGUCCGUCUGCCGCCGCUGGGCCUGGCUGUGUUCCACGUUUACGACUCUCCCGACUCGCCCAUGACGCUCCGCUCCGACACCCUGCUCAGGCUGAACGGUCGUGGCGUCACCGCUCGAGCCGCGGACCCGCUUCCUGUCCGCUCUCAGCAGUUCGACCCUCAGACCUUCUACAUCAGCAGCCAGUCUCUGACUCUGGGCUUCUCUGGAACCACAGGCCUUCUGGAGAGCAUCAAGCGCAAGGAUGAUCCUCAGGAAGUGAAGGUUCAGAUGCAGUUCAUGGUCUACGGCACCCGUCCCUCUAAAGACAAAAGUGGAGCUUACCUCUUCCUGCCUGAUGGAAAAGCAAAGCCCUACAACCAUAAAGAGAUACCUGUGGUGCGCGUCGUGGAGGGGCCUCUCUUCUCGGAGGUGGUGGCGCACUACCAGCAUUUUCAGCAGACCAUUCGCAUACACAAUGUGCCAGGGGUGGAUGGGCUGUCUAUAGACAUCACCACCAUGGUGGACAUAAGAGAUCAGACCAAUAAGGAGCUGGCAAUGCGACUGAUCACCGACAUCCAGAGUGGAGACGUCUUCUACACAGAUCUCAACGGCUUCCAGAUGCAGCCUCGCCGCCACUACCUAAAGCUUCCCCUGCAGGCCAACUUUUAUCCCAUGCCCAGCCAGGCGUACAUCCAGGACAGCCUUCACCGCCUCACGCUGCACACAGCUCAGUCCCUGGGUGUCACCAGCCUGGAGAGUGGCCAGCUUGAAGUGAUUAUGGACCGGCGGCUGAUGCAGGAUGAUAAUCGCGGGCUGGGUCAGGGCCUGAAGGACAACAAGAAGACGACCAACCGCUUCCGACUGCUGCUGGAGAGGAGAUCCACCGGCAACAAGCAUGAUGGCUUCUUUGCCAAACUGUCGUCCUUGUUUCAUUCUUUCCUCUCCAAAAUCUUGAGUGGCGGAGAUCAAGAGAUGAUGGACAGCGCAAAAACCAGCUUCCCGUCUAUACUCAGUCACAUGACCAACUCCUUCCUGAACCACGAGGUCUUGGCGCUGCCCGUCCUGCCAAAGAGACGCGGCAUCCCUCCCCUGCAAACCUUCUCCCCUCUCAAGUCCAUCCUCCCCUGCGACUUCCACCUGCUGAACCUGCGCAGCAUCCAGAGCCAGCAGGACCCCCACUCUCCGUCUCCGUACGCAGCCUUGAUCCUUCACCGUCUGGCGCUGGACUGUGGUCUGGAGAAUCCGAACCUGGGCUUCAACUGCACCACCACACAAGGACAGCUGAGCGUAUCAGGACUGUUCAAGAACCUGGACCUGCAGCUGCUCCAGCCCAUGUCCCUGACUCUGAUGCACUCCAGCACGCCGCUGGCCAACGACUCCACCAUCAGCCUGGACCCCAUGGAGAUCUCCGCCUUCAAGCUCAAACUGCGCUAAGAGCCGUCCGGACUAAAAGAGGCAAUAACAAAAACCCACCAGACUCCUUGGACCAAGAACCAGGCCCAAGCCGGGGGCCACAGAAGGGAGGGGGGGGUCUGGGGUCUCUCUGGUUUGUCAAGCAGAAACCACAAACACUACAGCUCGGAGAGGAAAGGUUCCACUGUAACAGGACUGACUGCACAGCAGGGGGCAGGCGAUAGCUGUUCCUGUGGACGCCUUCGAGAGCAGCAAAAAAACCCGGGUGAACUCGCAGCUGUUCCACAACAAAGAGAGUCUGCCAGAAAUCGCUCAUCAGAUGCAACCGGGUGUCUGUUUGUCUCCGUAAUCGAAAAUGAAAUCUCAUUUUUAGUUCUGCUUUGUAAGAACUCGUGUCUUUUUCUAUCUUUGCUCCAUCCUGGACUGAACUACUGAAUGUAAAUAUCCCAAAUGACUGGAGGGGUUGGGGGUGGGGAGGGAGGGCUGGGACUCGUGCCACAUCAGAGUGCAAUUUACAAAGCUUUAUUUGGUGUAUGGGUUCAUAAUUUUUUUUUUUUUUUUAAAUGUAUGCAAUGAAGAAGACGCAUCACAGCGAUUUGUUUUUGUACUUGUAAGUCAAAUUUUUUUUGUUUUUCUUCGACAGACUCGAAUGCGGCAAAGAGAAUGUGCGGUCUCUUCUCAGCUUUGCGAGGAGACCCAAGCUGCAGCUCUUUAAGCUCUUUAUCGUACGUCUGAGUCCAAGAGUCCCACGUGGGUCACUGCGCGAUAACAAUGUGAUCAUUAAUCAUAUCCGAUGACUGUUUACCUUCUGUUCGCCGGUCUCGUUUUGUAGAUAGUCGGAAGACUUUCUUCCCUUUCACUUCUUUUUCCCCUCCCUGAGCUUCCUUCUUUGCUGAUGAGAAAACUGUCCGUCAUUCCUGUGCUCGUACUUCACUGCUGAGCGGGUGGUUUUGUGUACCAUAUUGUAUGCAGUAGAAGACUAGACAAAGACUUUACCUCAUAUAUAUCAGUAUGUGUGUGUGUGUGUGUCUGUAGAGUAUGUGGAUGUGAAUACUUGAGGGUUAAUUUUUUUUGGGGGGUGUAUUGAGGUUAUAAGUGCACACUAUCAGGGACCAUUCAUAGUACUGUUAGGUAUCAUCCAUCAGUUUGGCCGUCUGUGUCGAGCCGUGGGGGUCGUAUCAUUGCAGGACAAAGGGAGCGUCCCAUUGGAGAUAGGAACAGAAAUUAAAAGGGCUAGUUCACCCAAAUUAUACAAGUGGUAUCUGGCUAUGCAGAUAGAUUUAGUUUUGAGAUAUACGUCUCUAAGUUAAGUCUUUAAAAUUGUCAGAUUAUAGUGAAAUGUUUUUCUUUAAAUCACUUGUUUUGUAACGAGCAGCUAUCCAAAACCAGAGAAAUUAAAGAUCUUUAAACUGAAAAGUAGCACUCGUCAUUUGAGAAGCUGAAAUCAAAGGUUGAUUGUCUUCGCAGGAUGCAUGUAUUGCAUAAUUUCCUGCUGGUAUAAAACAGUAAAAUGUUGAUAUCUUGUAUACUAACUACAAAAAAGAUUGGUAUAUAGCACAUAUAACUAUGUAUGGAAUUGGGACACUGCAAUACUCUGUGAAAACUGUAGUUUCUGGAAGGAGAUGUUGCUGUUGCACUUCCAUUGGUGGUAGAAAUCAUUCUCAAAACCACGACACAUCAAUCCAAAACUAUCUGCAUGUCAAGAUACCACUAAGUGAUCAAUGAUUUAUCUGAGAAAAUAAGAUAUUUUUGUAAUUUGGGUGAACUGACCCGUAUCAAACCGUACACACAGGGAUCCUCGACACAGAAGAAAUCAGUUUCUUCAGAUGAGCUGCAGUUUGUUUUUUAAUGUUUCAGCUCCACAGUGCUUCUUAGUCCGAGGCUGUCUCGAGGCACUCAGCCUUUUUUAUGGUGCGCAUCUGCCUCCCUGACGGCCGUGGAGGAUGUUGUCAUCCGUGUCCAAACCUGAGGCCGGGCAUCUCGCAGCCCACCUGUGUCACACUUUGUACUGCGCCCGCCAUCUCACCCCCGCCCGACUGUGUCCCAUCACUUUAACCGGUGGUCUUCUUCAUUCUUCUUCAAAGGAGGAUCUCCUCCUCUUGCCUGAUAUCUGGUCUGCCAUAGCUCAACACAUUCUGCUUUCUCUCUCUCUCUCCACUCUGAGCUCUGCAGAUUCCCUCCCUUCCUCCCUCCAGCUGCUGUUUCUAUAAGACCAGACUUCACUGCAUCUUAAAUUGCACUUUUCUCACGUUGUCUAACCUCGUCAUAACCUCGUCAUAACCUUUCUCUCCUGCUGUUGUCGGCGUGCGUCUGAGUCUCUGUAUAAUGUCUUUUUUUGUACGUGUUGUAGCGCUGUUUUUUUUGUUUGUUCAGAGGUAAUAUAUGAAGGCAAUCUUCUGUAUUUGUUAAUUCAUGAUGGAUUAAAGCUGCAUUAGAACAGAGGAGAUGGGGAUUGAAUAAAGAUCAAAACACAAAGAUGAUCUUAAA